GACGUCCUGGCUGUUUCUUUUUGCACACUACCUGCAGCCUCUCUUUCUCUCUCUCCUCCGGAUCUUCGAGCCAUUUGGGGAUCCAAUCACAUUUUCGCUUAGCCGCCCCGUGACCUAAAGUCUGAUCAUUGACAGUUGUUCUUCAAAGAAUUCACCUUUGAACUAAGGAUUUGGCUUUAGGGUUUCUUUCACAGCGACGAUGGCUUCUCAGGACAAGAAACAAGCUGGUGGGUUCUUCGCAUCAAUUGCUUCCAGUUUGUCCAAUUUCGGCAGCGCAAUGCACAAAUCAGUCAAUGGUGUUGAAAAUGCUUAUGGAAGAUUUUAUUUUGCUGCACUUCGAGCAUGCAUCAAUAGGGUGACGUACAGUUCUGCAUUAAUGGUCAUAUGCUGUUCCUGUUUGUUUGCUGGGUUAUGAAGGCCUGGAAGUUAUAAAUCCUGAAGGGGGGACUGAAGAUGCUGAAGAGGAAGCACACAAAGGAAGAUGGAAGCAGGAGGAUCGGGACAGUUAUUGGAAGAUGAUGCAGAAAUAUAUAGGUUCUGAUGUCACAUCAAUGGUGACACUCCCAGUCAUCAUUUUUGAGCCAAUGUCAAUGCUUCAAAAAAUGGCAGAGUUGAUGGAAUACUCCUACCUUAUGGAUUUAGCAGAUGAAUGUGAGGAUCCCUACAUGCGAUUGGUUUAUGCUUCAUCCUUCUUUAUAACAAUCUAUUAUGCCUGCCGACGAACCUGGAAGCCAUUUAAUCCAAUUCUUGGUGAAACUUAUGAAAUGGUCAAUCAUGGAGGUGUUAAAUUCAUUGCAGAACAGGUUAGCCAUCACCCUCCAAUGAGUGCUGGACAUGCUGAAAAUGAUCAUUUUGUCUAUGAUAUAACUUCAAAGGUGAAGACCAAAUUUUUAGGAAACUCACUCGAUAUCUAUCCCCUUGGAAGGACACGGGUGACCCUAAAAAGAGAUGGUGUGGUCCUAGAUUUGGUGCCUCCUCCCUCAAAAGUUCACAACCUGAUAUUUGGACGAACUUGGGUUGAUGUUCCAGGUGAGAUGAUCGUGACAAACAUGACCACAGGGGACAAAGUUGUGCUAUAUUUUCAACCUUGUGGCUGGUUCGGUUCUGGUCGUUUUGAAGUGGAUGGAUAUGUGUAUAAUGCGGCUGAAGAACCCAAAAUAUUGAUGACUGGGAAAUGGAAUGAGUCAAUGAGUUGUCAACCUUGUGACAUGGAAGGGGAACCCCUACCGGGCACUGAAAUGAAAGAGGUCUGGAGAGUUGCUGAAAGUCCUGAAAAUGACAAAUUUCAGUACACACAUUUUGCACACAAGUUAAAUAGCUUAGACACUGCACCUAAGAAGUUGCUGGCAUCAGAUUCUCGCUUGCGUCCGGAUAGAUAUGCACUCGAGAAGGAUGAUUUAUCCAAAGCUGGUUCAGAAAAGAGCAGGCUGGAGGAGAGACAGAGGGCUGAAAAGAGAAUUAGAGAGUCGAAGGGCCAACAACAUAUUCCAAGAUGGUUUGACCCAUCUAGUGAUGUUGCACCUACCCCUUGGGGUGAUUUGGAAGUUUAUCAGUAUAAUGGCAAAUACGAUGAACAUCGGGCUGCUAUGGAUAGCUCAGACAACAUUGGAGAGAUUGAUGUCAGAUCGACAGAGUUCAAUCCCUGGCAGUAUGGAAACUUGGCUACAGAAUGAGAUGUACGUCAUGUAUUAUUACCUUGAUAUUUUUUGUUUUUAUUUAUUUUGGGGAUGCCAAAUGGCUCUUGUUUUAUUCUGUUAGUGUGAGCUUCAACAACUUUAUAAACUAACAUGCAGUCAGCGAGUUUGUUUUUGUUUUCAUCACAAUUUCGUUAAUUUUAGUAUAGAAAUGAGCUGAGCUUGUGGUGUCA